AAUAACACUGUGUGCCUUACUAAUUGUCACAAAUAUCUAUGAGUGCUAUUAAGUGCAAUAUAUUGCAACAUUAAGAACGUCAAUCUAGAGGCGAGAUUUAAUAUUUUGUAUACCAGUUUUGACUAUGUAUCAUUCUGUAUUUCCAUCACAAAUGAUGGUGCACAUAAUGGGAGGACACCAAACAAGUGGACAAUGUCCACCGGCACAAACUCAUAAUCUACAUAUUAAUGGUGUGAAUGCAUUGCAUCAAUCUGAUUUUCCACAAUAUGGUCCGAAUAUCUCUGGACAUAAUAGACAUCGUACGAUACAGACAGGAUCUCCACUGGAUUUACUACAAUUAAUAAAAGUCGACGUACCAUCAUCAUUACGACGUAUAGAAUACAUGCAAUCAAAUAAUAAUUCAUCUAAUUUAAAUUGGGAAAGACGCAUAAAUACAUCCAACCACUCAUCAAUUAUACCAUUUACAAACUUUAAUUUCAAGCCUACAAAUGCUAAUUCGACAAAGAAACCAAAUUGGAAUAACAGAAAUAGCAGACGGAGUUCAAAUAGGAAUUUCUCAAAGUAUGAGGCAUAUAAUAGUGAUAGUGGAUUUAGUUCCCGUUCGCCAACACCGAACAAACAUUACGUUGACAAUAGUUUAACAGAGUCUUCAGAUGAACGAGAUUCCACGAGUUCAGUAAGAGGACAAUGGCUAAACAAGAAACAUCAUAAAGUACAUCCAAAUAAUAGAGGAUAUAAUAAUACAGCAAACGACUUAAUUUCGAGUGCACAUCAAUUUUAUCCAAUUCAACGGCCCAAUGGUAAUUAUGAUACUACCAAUUCUACUCCAAGAUUACACAUACAAAAUUAUCAGAACAGAAGAAGAUACUUGUCAGGCAAAAAUGAAAAUGCAUCAACACAAAGAUUUCCACGAAAUCGUAAAUAUUCUGUAGUAUCGAAUUAUGACAUGUUUCCUGGAAGUAUUGCAGCUCCUGAUAGAUUUCUUGCUAGAUCUCAUUUAGUACAAUUAACUUCUACACCAAACAAUCUCGUUGCUGGAUCAUCAUGGGAUGAUCUGUCCGAACAAAUUUGGCGUAAAUUUAUUACACAUCAACAAACCGAAGCAACUUAUAAGAAGAAAAUGAUGCUAUGGAAACAUCUUAACACAUACGUUAAGACUUUACAUCCAAACUAUUGUGUAUUUGUGGUCGGUUCAACAAUGAAUGGCUUUGGUUCAAAUGAUAGCGACGUUGACAUAUGUCUUUUAGUGAAACACAAAGAAAUGGAUGUUAGAUGUAUAGCUAUAGAACAUUUAAUGGAAGUGCUAAAGCAUCUUAAACAAAAUGAUUUCGUUGAACAACUCGAAAUUAUACAUGCAAAAGUACCUAUUAUAACAUUCUUUGAUGCAGCACGAAAAUUCAAAGUCGAUAUGAAUUGCAACAAUUCUGUCGGCAUUAGGAAUACGCAUCUGCUAUACUGUUAUUCAAAACUUGAUUGGAGAGUAAAACCAUUAGCACUUGUCGUUAAACUUUGGGCUCAAUGGCAUAACAUUAAUAAUCCAAAAUGUAGAACAUUGUCUAGUUACUCUCUAGUCCUUAUGGUUAUACAUUUCUUACAAUGUGGUACCAAUCCUCCCGUUCUGCCAUGCUUGCAUUCAAUGUUUGUAAAUAAAUUUAGGCCGGACGCGGAUAUUUACAAUAUCAAUAUUCAUGAGGAUUUGAACAUUUCAUCCAAUCGUUUACCUAAGAACCAUCAAUCCCUUGGGGAAUUAUUAUUUGAAUUUUUCAAAUAUUACGUUGAGUUUGAUUUCAGCCAAUACGCGAUAUCUGUACGUUUAGCAAGCAAAAUACCUAAAGAGGAGUGUCGUAUGGUGCAAUCGUCCAAAAAUGAUCCUUAUCAAUGGAAAUAUUUGUGUAUUGAAGAGCCAUUUGAUUUGACUAACACAGCUAGAUCUGUCUAUGAUCCGGACAUGUUCUCUAAAAUUAUAUUCAUAUUAAAUAUUACAUAUACAAGACUGAAGCAAAGAUAUAGUUUAAGUGAUGUGUUUCAAGAGAUGCGUCUAGUGAUGAUUGGUACUGAAUGGGGGCUAAUGAUAAGUGACGAAGAAUGAUAAGAUCGUCUUAAGUGACGUAUUUAGUACCUUGUGAUAUUAAGUUUUAUGUUUAAAUAAUUAAUAAUAUUUGCAAGGUACAAAUGUGUCCUCUGUUUAAGAUCCAACUUUUCCUUUUUGAAGGAUUUUGAAAUCACAAAUGCACAAUCAGGAUGUUACAUAUAUAGUUAGUAAUAUGUACGUAAUUUAUUACUAACUGUACAUGUAACAUCUUGAAAGAAAUGUUGCUAUCUGCAUUUACUAACGUGCGAAAAAGUAUUUCAUUCUGAUAUAAAAAAAUCAGAUGUAUAACAUUCUUAUAUACAUCACAACAUUUUAUCACAUUUUAAAAUUGCAAUAUAUGCAAUAAAGUUUGUGAUUUAUAUUAAAACUACAAUGAGUUAGGCUUGCUUAGAUCUAUGUAAAUUUUUAACGAGGUAGUCGUGAGGUGUUAAAUGAAAAAACUUAUACUCGUGAUGCUGUAGGAUGUUAUUUUAACAUCAGAUGCUUGUUUUUUUUUUAAUAACUAGUAAUUUAUAGUUUGAAACAUUUUUAAUUAUGUUAAUGAUUAUUUUUUGUGUCUGAUUAUUUUUUAACAUAGACGAAAGUUUAUUAUUUGUCACUCCCUUUAAUUUCUUAAUUUAAAAUAUGUUUAAUAAUUGAUUGUAUAAUACCACGUAGCAGAAAUUAUGUUAACGGUAAUUACGAUAGCCCAGAAGGCGUUACAUUUAGAUUCAUUAAUAUUAAACGGAGCAUUUAUGUGAAAUAAUGAGCAAUAUAUACAAUGUAUUUAUUGGGAAAAUCACAUUGAAUAAUUUUGAUAUAAUAAGUGAUUACUAUUCUGCAAUCGUGUAACUAUUUAAUUAUCUAAUCGCGAAGCAUUACUUAGUUAAAGAAGAGAGGGAGAAAAAGAAAGAAAGAAGAGAGAGAUGUCUAAGCAAGUCUAAUUAAUUGUAGUUUUAAUAUAAAUCAAAUAUUGCAUAUAUAGCAGUGUUAAAGUUUGGGGCAAGAAUAAUAUAGGCGUAUCUGAUUUUUUUAUAUCAAAAUGAAAUAUUUUUUAGCAUUCUAGUCAAUUUCUUUAUAGAUAAAUAAAUAGCUGCACGAUUACAGCAUAGUAAUUGUUAAGUAAUGACUGUUUAAAAUUAUUUAAUGUGAUUUUUAAAAUGUAUAUUACUUAGUAUCUCACAUAAACUUUUCAUUUGAUAUUAAUGAAUACAAAUGUAUAGCCUUAGAUGUGUGGCUAUCGUAAUUAUCGUUAACAUAAUCUUAUGUCGCUAGUGUGUAUAAUCAUUUAUUAACUAUGUAAAACAAGAAACUUUAAAGAAUAGCAUAAAAUAAUGAAAUUUUAUCUGUGAUGUUACAAAAUAAUUAUUGAGAUGCAAAAAAAAUAAUUUAAGUUAAAAAUGUUUCAAACUAUAAAUUGCCAUAAAAACAAACAUUCGAUAUUAAAAUAACAUUCUACUAUAUUACGCAUAAAAAUAAAAAUAAAAGAAAUAGUAUACUUAUUUUUUUAGUUAUUAUUUCUAAAAAAAAAUGAAAAAGUACACAUGAGCGUAGAAUUAUAGAAAAUAUAUAAACAUUUAGUAUUAUCUUUUGCAAAAUAUUAAAAAUCCAAAAAAAAGGUAAAGACUUGCUAAAAAUAAAAAAAAGUUACAAAUUUGAAACAAUUAUUUACGUUUAUAAUAUUGUUCAGAUAUAAAGUCAAUGGAUGACUGGUGUAAUGGUUAGAAAGACUGUGUUUCUUUUAAAAGGAUUAAUAAUAAUUUUCUAAAUUUCAGUAACUGUCCUAAAAAAUUGACAAAAAUAUGUCUAUGUCAGCAGGAUGAAUUAUAAUUUAAUCCUGAAUCGGGACAUAAAUUGAUAAUAUAUACAUGUGUAAAAACUAAAAUAAAGAUUUUUAAUUUGUUGAAAAUCGAAAACUACAAGUAAGCUUCUCGAUAUAAAUGAACGUAUGUGAUCUUUAUUUUUCAGUAAAAUUUCUUUAUUUUCUGAUAAAUAUUUCCUUUCUCAUUGAUUAAUAAUUGUCACUCAUUUACAUGCAUUUUUGCUAAUUUGGCAUCAACUUUAUUAAAAGACGUUUGUUUAAAAAUUAUCAAGAUAAAAUUAUUUUCUGAAUUUUUCUUAUCAUUACUAUCGGAUACAAGUAACAUUAAAAUUAAAAGGCGACAAUUUUUCAUUAACAAUAAUUAUUUCUUAUAUAGUAAUUCUUAUUAGAAGAAACACUUCAGCUUGAUGCUUUUCUUUAUUUGUCGAAGGGAGAUAAACUAUUUCCAUUUUUUUAUUAACAGUUUUCUACUGAUUAGUCUUUCUUCAAAAAAUGGAACACUAUGUAAUGGUUCUUAAAAAUAAUAUAUAAAAAAUAAAAUUGUGUCUGCAGUAUAAUAAGUAAAUUAUUAUUGCAUUUACUUCAACUUUUCAAAUCUACAUAAAUAAAGCAACGGGUAACAUCUGUUAGUUUGCAAAAUAAACGUGAGAUAUAAAGUGGUAUACAUGUAAUUUGCCUCAUGUGUAUGUGAUUUGCAAUACUCCUCUGGCUAAUGAAAAGAUUAAAAUCUCAAAUUUGAUAUGAUAAUUGACAUAUCUUCAUAGUAUAUUACGCUGUAUGAAAUAUUUUUCUAAGUGCCUAAUUUAACUUCCCAUAUUAUAUAAGUAAAAAAAAAAAAUAUUUGUAAUAGUUCAAUUCGCAAGUAUCAAAUUUGUGUCACUUAGAAAAAUUCGCAGCAGUAUAUUUCUGUGUCGAAGUUAACGAUCUUCUAAAUUUAUAAAAUAAAAACAACCUUUUGUAAUUUCGAUAAUUUCUUGUUAAAUAAAUGCAAUGCGUUUACACAUA